AUGACGUUUGAAAACCUCCUUGCUGAAAUUGAUGGGUUUGGCAAGUUUCAGUUCUUGAUCGUCCUGUUACUGCUAAUUCCACGGUGUAUCCUCCCCGGUCAUUUUCUCCUGAAUAACUUCAUCGCAGCUACAACCGAUCACCACUGUGACAUCAGCAGUCUGGAUAAUGGGGACGUUUUUGGAAAUUUGACCCAGGAUCAGAGGCUGAAGGUCAGUAUCCCAGCCCAGGAAGACGGCACUCUGAGUUCCUGUAAGAUGUUCACGGAGCCUCAGUUCCACCUGCUGCUCAACUCUUCCAACACUACUGAGAUAACUGCAGUACCAUGUCAACAUGGAUGGGUGUAUGACAACAGCACAUUUUCUUCAACUAUAGCAACAGAGUGGGACCUGGUCUGUGAUUGGAAAGGAAGGGGCAAAGCCACUGCCUCGGCCUUCUUCUGUGGGAUGAUGUUUGGAGCUGCAACAUUUGGAAUACUCAGCGACAAAUUUGGACGCAAGAAUAUGCUUCUGGUGUCUUAUCUGUCCACAGUCGUGUUUGCAGUGGCCAGCGCUUUCUCCAGCUCCUAUAUAAUGUUCCUUGUGAUGAGAUUACUCACUGGGUUAUCGAUCGCAGGAAUAAGUAUCAUUUCAAUCGUUCUAUGUGUGGAGUGGGUUGACAUUGAGCACAGAACAUUCAUUGGCGUGAUUGUCAGCAUGGACUGGACGUUUUCCACCAUGAUGCUCUCGGGCGUCGCCUAUUUAGUGAGAGAUUGGAGGUGGCUGAUCAUCACUAUCACUUCUCCCCUGCUUUUCGCUAUGAUGACCUGGUGGUGGGUCCCAGAGUCUGCACGCUGGCUGAUAGCCAAUGGGAAGGUGGAAGUGGCUCAAAUGUACUUGGAGAAAUGUGCCAAGAUUAAUAACAGAAGGGCUUUUAUGACUGACAUUAAGCCAGAAACCCUCAUCAAUGUUGAUGUGGUGGAGAGGGGCAAUGCAAGCUACUCCUAUCUGGAUUUGGUGAAAACUCCCAAAAUUAGGAAACUGGCUGUGCUCACUGGUACAGUAUGGUUUGGAAUUGCCUUGACAUAUUACGGAAUCAGCCUAAACAUCACAGGAUUUGGUCUAAACAUCUACCUUACCCAGUUCAUUUAUGGAGCAAUCGAAUUUCCUGCCAAAGUUCUUGUCUAUUACAGUCUGGAUUUAAUAGGCAGACGAGGCAGCCAAGUAGGAACACUGGUUAUGACUGGAGCCUGCAUUGCAACAAACCUCUUUAUUCCCAAAGAUAUGUGGAUGUUUCGCACCAUUGUUGCUGUACUUGGAAAGGGCUUUUCAGAAGCCUCCUUUACUACGGUAUACCUUCAUACUGCUGAACUUUUUCCCACUGUCUUAAGACAGAACGCACUCGGCUGCAGUUCGGGCGUGGCUCGUCUCGGGGUGUGCAUCACGCCCCUGAUUAUCCUGCUGGAGGACGUGUGGACCCCUCUGCCGAAGGUCGUGUUCUGCGCGGUGUCCCUUUUCUCUGCCACGGUGGCGUGGACUCUCCCAGAGACACUUAACGUCCGUCUGCCUGAGACGAUCGAGGACGUGGAAGAAACCAGAAUGAAGUUUGAACAUGUCCUGGCAGAAAUCGACGGCUUUGGGAGGUUUCAGAUAAUACUCUUGGCCAAUAUCUUCGUGGCACGUUUUGCACUGCCUUGUCACUUCUUAGUCAACAACUUUGUCGCAGCCACAACUGAUCACCGCUGUAACAUCGGCGGUCUGGAUGAUGGGGAAGUAUUUAGGAAUCUGACCCAGGAUCAUCGGCUGAAGGUCAGUAUCCCAGUUCAGGAAGACGGCACUCUGAGUUCCUGUAAGAUGUUCAUGGAGCCUCAGUUCCACCUGCUGCUCAACUCUUCCAAUGCUACUGAGAUACCUGCAGUACCAUGUCAACAUGGAUGGGUGUACGACAACAGCACAUUUUCUUCAACUAUAGCAUCGGAGUGGGAUCUGGUCUGUGAACAGAAAGGCCUGAAUAAAGCUACUGCCACCAUUUUCUUUGUUGGAGUGAUGUUUGGCGCUUUGGUAUUUGGCAGCCUCAGUGACAGAUUUGGGAGGAAGACGAUGCUGAUGGUGUCCUAUGUGUUAGGGCUGGCCUUUGGAUUGGCCAGUGCGUUUUCAACCUCCUUCCUGAUGUUCGCAGUGAUGAGGUUUUUCACUGGAUUCGGGAUCACUGGAAUCAGCAUUAUUUCCACCGUCCUCAGUUUGGAGUGGGCGGACAUUGAACACAGGAAGUUGGUCGGAGUUGUUGACAGUUUGGCCUGGACCUUUGGCAGCCUAAUGCUCGCUUUGAUCGCGUAUCUUGUGAAUGACUGGAGGUGGCUGAUAGUUACCGUUACCUUCCCACUAGUCAUCGGCAUAUUGUCUUGGAGGUGGGUCCCGGAGUCUGCUCGGUGGUUGAUUGCAAAUGGGAGGGCAGACAGGGCACACUAUUACCUGAAGAAGUGUGCCAAAGUUAACAGGAGAGAGGGCUUUUCAGAAAAAUUCACGCCAGAGACUCUGUCGAAUAUAGUCUUGCUGGAAAAAGGACGGAAGACGUACACGUAUUUGGAUCUUGUGAGGACCCCAAAGAUGAGGAGACUAGCCAUGAAGACUGGUCUCCUUUGGUUUGGAAUUGCCUUCACAUUCUACAGCAUCAGCUUCAACAUCACAGGAUUUGGGAUGAACAUCUAUUUAACCCAGUUUGCAUAUGCUACCAUAGAGAUUCCAGCAAAACUGACCCUCUAUUGCGUGCUGGAUAAAAUCGGCAGAAGAACUGUGGAGGUGGGGGCUCUGCUUGGUGCAGGCCUCUGUUUGGCUAUAAACAUAUUUGUCCCUAAAGAUGUGCCACUGUGUCGUUCCAUCAUUGCGAUCAUUGGAAAAGGCUGUUCAUCAGCCUCGUUCACUACAGCUUUCCUGUACACACCCGAGCUCUACCCUACUGUCGUCAGACAAAAUGGCUUGGGUUACAAUUCCUUCAUGGCCCGGCUGGGCGUGUCCAUUGCUCCACUGUCAGUCUUAAUGGAUGCUGUGUGGCAACCCCUCCCCCAAAUUAUUAUGGCCAUCAUAGCCAUUUCCUCUGGACUGUUGGCAAGCUUACUUCCAGAAACUAUGAACAGGCAUCUACCAGAGACAAUAGAAGAUGUGGAACAAAAGAGGAACGGGCUCGUUAGCCAGCUGAACCAGGAAAAACCCGACAUUCCCAUGGAACCGCUAAUGAAUGAUGAGAUUGAGAAAAGAACAUAGUAUAUUUUUCAGCUCGAAAGAAUCCUUGCCAUGCAAAAAUACAGUACUG